UGACGCCACGCCAUCAUAUAUGCUUCCAGACAAUCCAAGCGUCUUUUACGCCGUCGUCAUAGUGUGUUUCGUCAGUCAACCUCCACAAAAUUCCACGAAGAAUUCCCCUCCAAUUAUUUCCCUACCGGAGACCGGGUCUCCCGGUCACCCCUCCGCGGAUAUUACCCCUCAAUCCCCCUCUCAAGACCCCACCGUCUCCCGUCCAAGCUUCCAGCUCCCCGCGAAUCCAUGCAAAGGAAGUUUCUUUCAAAGAAGAGAAAUCCGAGAGGAGAAACUUUUUUGUUGGGGGUAUAGGGAGGGAGAUAAAAGACGAAUGGCCGGGUCUCCAAUAACGCCACAAAACCAGAGGAGCACAUCGUUGAUGGACAACUUGUUGGGUCUGCUGCGGAUUCUCAUCAAACGAGGCGUCAACCUUGCCGUUCGUGAUGUCCGAAGCAGCGAUCCCUACGUUGUUGUUAAGAUGGGCAGACAGAAACUGAAGACUCGUGUAAUAAAGAAGGAUGUUAAUCCUGAGUGGAAUGAGGAUUUAACUCUUUCCAUAACAGAUCCUAGUCUGCCAAUCAAGCUGACUGUGUAUGACCAUGACACGUUUAGCAAGGAUGACAAAAUGGGAGAUGCAGAGUUUGACAUCAGCACAUAUAUAGAAGCCUUGAAAAUGAAUUUGGGAGAAAUCCCAAGUGGAACCAUAAUAUCGAAGGUGCAACCAGGCAGGAACAACUGCCUGGCUGAAGAGAGCACCAUUUAUUGGAAGGAUGGGAAGGUUGUCCAAGACAUUUGCCUCAGAUUGAGAAAUGUGGAGUGUGGUGAAGUAGAAAUUCAACUUCAGUGGAUUGACCUUCCAGGCUCCAAAGGUUUAUGAAGUUGAUGAAUGCUGUUAUGUCUGGCUUCUGUUUUGUAUAUUUUACGGCGGCUUUCCGGAGCUUCCACCAUAGAAUGUCCUGUCACUUCAUGGUGUGGUUGGUUUGUUCUUUGAACUGUUGUUUGUGUAGACAAAUCUGUCAAGUAGUAUUGGAUUUGUAGCUCAUAUAUAGGAUUGAACAAAUUUCGGUUUAUCUCAUCAUGGAUGCCAAGUGAAGUAAUUACACUUUGAUCUUUGUAAUUUACUGAACCCAAUGGCACUGCCGGCAACUAUUAGCCCAACACCCUCAAGGUGAUAAAAUUUAGUCUGCUUUGGAUAGAGGCUUCCUGGCCCAGCUCCAACGUAAUCUUGAAGGUUGUAGCUCAACAUAAGCUUGGUUUUGGAUUA